AAGAAAUUUAAAAUAUAAUUAAACAAUUGAGAACAUUAGCAGAGUUUGUUCAUGACAUUCACAUGAACACAAAACAUCUCAAUCCCAUUCUGAAUUUCCGCUAGCAAGAAUGAAAUCGCGAACCCAUAAUCAAAAGGGUAACGCGAUUUCACCCAUAAUCAAAAGCCUCGCCGUCGCCGUCUUCGCCGCCACCGUGAUUCUUCUGUGGUGCUCGAGCGCGGUGGUUGCUACUGCAGCAGGCAAUGAAAGAGUGAUCGAGCUGAAAGGAGGUCCUGAUUCAGUGGUUUGGGUGGUUCAGCUUUCCGAUCUUCAUUUCAGCGUUCACCAUCCUCACAGAGCUCGCGACUUCAAGAAUCACGUGGGUCCCGCUCUUUCCAUGAUCAACCCUUCACUCGUCCUCGUCACCGGCGACCUCACUGAUGGUAAAAGCAAAGAUUUGUUGACAAUGAAGCAGAAUGAGGAUGAGUGGGUGGAGUACCAGAAUGUGAUGGACGCGGUUAUUGAAAGGAGUGGAGUUCACAAGAGCUUGUUCUUCGACCUCCGAGGGAAUCAUGAUAAUUUUGGUGUUCCGGCUGUUGGGGGUACGUUUGAUUUCUUCUCUAGAUACAGCAUCAAUGGACAGUUAGGCAGAACUGGGAGUGUCAAUAGUGUCACCCUUGAGACUCAAGAGCGGAAACAUCUCUUUAUCGGGAUUGACAGCACAAUGUCAUCGGGCUUACGAGGACCAACUAAUCUUUUUGGGCAUCCCACAGAUCAAUUACUAAGGGAUCUAGACUUGGAACUCUCACACUGGGAUUCCCAGUCAGCAAAACCAGUAACGAAAAUAUCGUUUGGGCAUUUUCCGCUCUCAUUUUCUGCAGCCUCUAGUUCUGGAAGGACCUUGGAAGAUGUUUUCCUAAAGCAUUCCAUAUCCACUUACCUGUGUGGGCAUCUCCAUACUAAAUUUGGCAAGAACUUAAAGCGGCACCAUCAGUUGAGUAAUCAUUUUUUACCCCUGCAGAAAUUGUUUCAGUUAAACAUACAUCAGAAUUCUUUUGAAAACACCGUAAAUUGCUCAUUUGGAGCCACACCGGCUCAAGAGUUUUGGGAGUGGGAGAUGGGCGAUUGGAGAAAGAAUAGAGUCAUGCGAAUUUUAGCCAUUGAUAGAGGUCAUGUUUCAUAUGUUGAUGUUGAUUUCAAGUCAGGGGCCAACCAUACAAUUAUAUUUCCCACUUUUCCGUUAGACUCUCACUUCAUGCAGACUUCUUUAUGCCAUCAUAACUAUGAAUGUCAAACUGUUGACACUUCAUCUUAUGAUACAAUUCGAGCUCUGGUAUUUUCUGUUUCUCCAAUUGCAUCAGUUGUGGCUAGGGUCUAUGAUUCACGAUCUGGAAAUCUUGAUUUAGUUAUAGACGCACAUAUGAUCAAGCAUGCUGAUGAGAACUCCAGGGGGGACCUCUAUGUUGCUCCAUGGAACUACAAAGCCUUUGAGGAUGCUUCUGCUGAUAGAUUUUGGCUUCAGGUUGAAGCCAUUGACAUCAUGGGCAGGUCAACCUUGACUGAACUAAGGCCAUUUUCGAUUAACGGUCAUAGCUUCAAGCUUUCCUGGAGCUGGAAGGAGUUUCUGGUCAUGGGGUGUCAAUGGGCCUCUCUAUUUUACCCAUUAUUCUGGUCUGCUCUGGGCUUUAUGCUCUUCUUUCUACUUCUUCCAAAAGCUCUCCUUGUUUUUAAGAAGAACAUAUACACUUACAAGAACUGGAUCGCCAACAAAGGCUUAGUAAAUGGUGUAUUAUGGGUUCUCCAGGAGCUCUGCAGGGUUCGCACAUUAUGGUUUGGUUGGAUAGGAUACCUAUUCUAUCUUAUAUUGUUCCCAUGGUUUAUAGGACAAGUUUUUACUGAAGGGAAAAACAUGGUGUACAUGACCUAUAGGGGCUGGGUUGUAGAGACUUCUAAUGGAAAGGGGAAGCAUGAGUAUGUUGGAUCCCCAGAUAUUAUGGUGGUGGUUCUUCCCCAUCUAUUGUUUGUGGUUUUUCCUGCAAUUUUGGUCAGUGCUGCUCUGGCUUCUGAACGAGCAAUUUACCGGGAACACGUGUUAGCACUUUCAGGGAAGAAAAGAGAUGAUCUUGAUUUGAACCCUAGAAGAGUUUUAAAAUAUGACAACAAGAGCAGCAUAUUAUCAAAUCAUUUUGGCAAGCGGCGGAUUCGGCAGCUUCUAUGUGUGUUAUGCUUGGCAAUAUGUUGGAAGCAUUUCAUGAAUUGCAGGACUCUUAAAAAAGCUUAUGAGAUGAACCCAGUACUCCAUUUCCUGGUUAUGGCAUUUCAGUUCCCCUGUUGCUGGUAUAUGCUAUCAGUCAAACCAGAAGUUCCCGAUGAAACUUGUUCGAACUUCGAAGGGGUUCACAAGUACUAGCCGUGUGCAAAUCUGCGUGUUCUAAAUGCUGCUUCAGAGGAUACACCUGUGGUUGGAGUUUCAUAAUUGAUUGAAACUUGCCAGGGUCAACAAAUAUUCCAGACCCACACUAGUGUCUCAUUCAUUCUUCAUGAUGAUGUUUCUAUUGUCUGUACUCUUGGACAUUCUAUUGUCCUGUGUAGUUUAGGCUUUUAGCUGUAGAAGCAAGGGGAGCAAGUUAGUAUGCAUAAUUGUUUGUUAGUUCUCUUAGAAGUAUGCCACAAAGUUGUUGUGAUGGCUUAGUAAUUUUACUAAUUAUUGAAUUAAGUUUUUGUAGAAUGCAAAAUUACUAAUUAUUGAAUUUUGUGCUACACAACAAAUAUAAAUUAAUUCAUUCAA